UUCAGUGGAUGAUUAUCAAACAUUAAAUGUGAUUAAUUAUUACCGUGCCUUGGCGCAUCGUACGUUUAUCAGCACAAAAACGCACUUUUUGUCUGUGAAUAUUUCUUUUUUCGGCGGAUUCUCAUUCUCAGACUUUGAAUUAUGGAAGGAAGAAGGAAGAAUGAUUCUGCUGCCUGUCCGCGCUUGUGUUAUCCCAGUGUUCAACACAAAGAGGGAGAUAUAAUUAACGAGAGGGACUGUGUUCUUCUGAAGUCAGGACCAAAAGAAACAGACUUGCCUUACGUAGCCAAAGUAACUGCACUUUGGGAAAAUCCUGAUGAUGGUGAAAUGAUGAUGAGCUUGCUGUGGUAUUAUAGACCUGAGCACACAGACCAAGGACGUAAAGCAGGUCAAAUGGAAGAUGAAGUGUUUGCAUCACGGCACAAAGAUGUCAAUUCCAUCGCAUGCAUAGAAGAUAAAUGUUAUGUGCUCUCAUACAAUGAGUACUGUCGGUAUAAAGCAAGUUUGGGCAUGGACGAUGACAUGGUAUCAUUGACGUCAAUGCUUAUUCCUGACCUACCAGAUGAUUAUCAUCGGAAAAACAGGCUCCCUGCAGACGUCGUUUCCAGUGACAUAGUUUUCUUCUGCCGACAUGUCUACGAUUUUCGCCAGAAAAGAAUCUUAAAAAACCCGACGUGAAAAAUUAUUGCCAAUGAGAGAAUAAACUAAACAUUCGUGAUAGCAGCUAGUCUAGAUUUAAAAGCAACGUUACAGCUGUAUAACAAAUCAUUUAUCCACUGACCAAAUCUAGUUGAUUUUUCUCUUAAGAUAUUAUUUUUAAAAAAAAGAGGGAUUUGAUAGACCUCCAUCCAUCGUAUCAUUACUGACGAAACUAACUGGUAGAUGAUAAAUAUUUUUUGCUCUUGAAAUUUAUACUAUUGAAGCGUGUUAAAAUUUGGGAUAGGAAACUUUGAAGUAAUGUUUCGCUAAUGGUUCCUGUUGAAAAUUAGUGUAUCAGAUAUGUAUAUUUGUAAUUAUCUUCUUAAAAGAAACACAGAAUUUUAUUUCCAUUGGAGAAAAUUGAAUGUUGUGUGAGACCAUGAGUGGGGAAACAUUAAAAGUGUAGUUUAUUAUCAUAUUACAAACUGUUUGUAUUGUUAAAAAUAAUUAGAAUAUGUAUCAUUAGUUUAAUUAUACUUAUUUUAUUUGAAACUCAUCUUUGUGAUAGUCACUUGCUAAAAGUCACUUCAGCUGUUAUAUAUCACUAUGACAGUUAUAUAUCAUUGUUCUUAUAUCAUUUUAAUUAGUAUAUUUCAAUAUAUCUCUAUGUAGCUGUCCUGUUAAAAAAAAAGCUUUGUUGUGUUGUCAUCGUAAGCAUUUUUAAAGUCUAUACGUUUUUGAGAAUAUAUUGUUUGUAUCAAAAAAGCAAAAUAUUAAAUUUUCCAGAGUUAUGAAAUUUUUAUAAUUUGUGCAAUUUUUAUGUUGUGAAUUUUGCUGUGUGUGUUCUGUUUUGUUGCAUGAAAUAUUGGAUUUUACAAAGGUAUCUAUAGAAUAUAUAUGUUUUUUUUUCGUACAAAAUAUAUUGUGUUAAUGUUUUGUUGCAGUUCUCUUAAUUUGCUGAGUACAAAUAACUAAAAAGAACUGUUUAUGAAUUAUUUUUAGGGUUUCGUCUUUAUUUUUGUUUGAAUUCCCUUUCAUUUUUUCACUUAUCAAAAGUCAUUUCUAAAUUCAAAUAUGUGUAUUUUCAAAGUAGAUCUCUGAAUAUUUUGUAAUAAACCAUGUACUAGGGUAAAUCACACGAAUUUAUUUUAUGAAGACAUUUCUAAUAAUUCAACGUUUGUGCCUGUAUACUACACCUAUUGGUGCCUAUGACAGUAGGUGUUUACUGUAAGUGAAUAAGCUUUUAUCUUAAAUACACAAAAAGGGAAAGUUUAAUUUUUUUAUAAGGCUUUUUCUUUUCUCUUAAUGUUAAGAAUAGUGGAAAUUACAUUCACCUUUUCUGUAAGAAAUUUGCUAAAUUUGUCUUUCCUGUUUUGAAUAAAAAACAAACACUGA